CAGAAUUUCAGAGCCAGUGGGCAACGCUCGUUGCUCGGAGUAGCACGAACUCAUCGCGCAUCGACCGGGACGAUAAUCUCGAUAUAAAAUACGCUACGAACUUGACAUCACUAAAUGUGAACGAAAACAAUAAAAAGCAAUCAGUACAAAAUAUUAUUAUUUAUGAAUUUUAUCAAAUUUAAUUAUAAAAUUCAAGUGAAUUCUUAAAGUUGAAGUAAGUGAAGUGAUAAAGGUUGUUGAUAAGAAAAUGAAGGUACUCACAGUCGAAGAUAAGGUUUCUAGUGUUGGGAACGAGAAUGAGCCUACAAUUGAUGCUGAAGCGAAAUUAACUAAGGAGGAAUUGAACAGAGGUUGUCCUCUCGGGGUAUCCCGGGUCAUCGCUUCAGUGUACGUCUGCGGUGCCCAUGCUUUACCCGGCGCAGUCAAAGCGUUACAUCCCGGACUAGUUGUCAACGCUGCACCAGAGCUACCACCGCCACCAGAAGACUACGUGCCACGGCAUUAUGUUCCACUUCUGGACACACCGAAUUCAGACAUGCACCCAUAUAUGGAACGUGUGGCUGAUCUUAUUAACGAGGUCGUCUCAAGAAAUGAAACAGUGCUAGUCCAUUGCGUGGCCGGUGUGUCAAGAUCAGUGACUCUCUGCUUGGCCUAUCUAGUUAAGUGGCAGAAGAUGACCCUCAGAGAUGCCUACCACCAUUUGAAGCAAAGGAGGCCGCAGAUCCGACCGAACACGGGUUUCUUCAAGCAGCUCAUAAAGUUCGAAGAGAGGUUGUUCAGUGAGGCAUCUGUGAAGAUGGUUUACUGCGAAGCCAUAGACAAAGAGAUCCCUGAUGUAUACGAACCUGAUUAUAGAGGAAUGAUGUGGUUUAGACAGAGAUAUGGACCUAUUGAAAAGAGCUAAAAUAUAGACAGAUAUUAUAGUGACAUAUAUCUAAGUAACAAUUUAUAGAACACUAAAUAGUAUAGUGACUUAACUCUAUCUAGAUACAAAAUGAAAUUAAAAAAUGUGAAAAUAUAUUGGAAAAGUAGUAAACAGUGAAGCAUGGAAUAUAGAAUUUAAGCAAACCAAAGUCGAUCAAAUGCAAAUUGAUGCAUGCCUAUAUUUAAGAACCAAUAAUUAUUAGUACGUUAAUUAUGUAAUAUUACACACAUAAGUCUAGUAGAUAGGAAUGUUGUUUUAAAUAAGACUGACGUAUGAUUGAUCAAUUACUAUGACGCAUUCAAUAAAAAAAAAUAAAGAGUUUUCCAGAAAAUAACUUACAACCAAGAAUUUAAAUUUGGAGAAUAUUGAAUGCCAAAAAUACACACUUCAUUACACAAUUAAUUCUUAUAAAAAUCAAAAGACUCAUUAUGUUUUAAUAGUUAAUUCUUGUCCGAUUUCAGAGGAAAUUUACGACUUCUUAUAAUAAAUUCGUCAAAAAGUUAAAGCCUUUAUGAUUGUCAGUAUAUUGAUUAGCUGCUAUUGUGAUAAUUUUAUUGUAAUGUUAUUUUAUGUUAGUUUUAAAGGGACCAAAAAUAAAUAAGUUUUUCAUUAUCAUAA